GGGGGUGAGCAGAAACUUCAGCAGCUCUUUAUCUUAUUUUAUUCCUUUAUGUUUAAUCUGCCAUGAAGGAAGAUGGUUUGUGACGGUGUGUGGAGCUGCUGGCCGAACCCCUUCCUGAUCGCCCCCCCAGCUCUCAUACUUUGAAGACUCCACCACCUCCUCCUCCACCUCCUCUUCUCCUCCGGGAUGAUUUUGUUCCAAACUGAGAGACUUGAUUUGUUUGUCAUUUCUGCAUGAGAAGCUCCGAGGAAGGCGACGGUCACUAUGCCGAGGAGAAAGCAGCAAGAGCCGCGGCGAUCAGCAGCGUACAUGCCUGAGGAUGAACUCAAGACAGGCGCUCACGAUGAGGAGGAGCACCUGCAAGAUGACGGCCUCUCAUUAGACGGCCAAGACACAGAGUUCCUGUGCAACGAGGAAGAGGAGGAUGUGGAUGGAGGCCAGCCACCUAGCUACAGAGACUCUCCACUCAGCAAUGGUACUAACCCUGAUGCCGGAUAUGGCUCUCCACUCAGCGACGCCAGUGACAGAAUUGCAGACUUCAAGAGCACCUCCUCCAGGGACGGUCAGGAGAGAGAAGGCCUCACUCUGCCUUUUCGUCCUAACGGCUUGUCUUUCCAGGACAGCCUGGCAAAGAUGAAAGCCGUCUAUGCAAAUCUUAUCUCCGAUGCCUCUUGGUCUAGCAUUACAAUGGACAUCAUGAAAUCGAAGCCUGCUGCAGCUGGCAGCAUCAACGCUAUGCUCCCGACUCCAGAGCCAGUCUCUGCUGCCUCCGCCUCCUCAACUACAACCACAAACAAGAGCAGUGGGAUCAACGUGGCCAGCAGUCACCACAACAGUAAAAGCUCCACUGCAACUGUCAACCAUACAGGCAGCUUGAGUGCCAAUACCAAUGGCACAACAGCUUGUUCUGCCAGCAACCACAGUGCAGCCAGUGGCAUUGGGAGCAACAGCGGUGGGGCCAGCAAUGGGAGCGGCGUAGCCUAUGACUGGCACCAAGCAGCACUUGCCAAAACUCUUCAGCAAACCCCCUACCACCUUUUACCUGAACCUAGCCUCUUUAGCACAGUGCAGCUCUACAGGCAGAACAACAAGCUUUAUGGCUCCGUUUUUACCGGUGCAAGCAAGUUUCGCUGCAAAGACUGCAGUGCUGCCUAUGACACACUGGUGGGUCUGACAGUCCACAUGAACGAGACAGGCCACUAUCGAGAUGACAACAAGGACAAAGAGGAGGAUCAGGGCAAGCGCUGGUCCAAACCUCGUAAGCGUUCCUUGAUGGAGAUGGAAGGGAAAGAGGAUGCCCAGAAAGUGCUUAAGUGCAUGUACUGCGGCCACUCCUUUGAGUCUCUACAAGAUCUCAGCGUUCAUAUGAUCAAGACCAAGCAUUACCAGAAAGUGCCUCUCAAAGAACCAGUGCCAGCCUUGGCUACUAAGCUGGUGCCAACUUCAGCUAAAAAACGUGCUCACCAAGAAGCCGUAGUCUCCCCGUGCUCCCCAGACUCUAUCCAUGCUGGUAGUGGUGGUGGGAGCGUAUCCCUUGGGGAUUUAGGAAAAGAUGCAAAAGCUGCAGCUAACCCCUAUGUGACGCCAAACAACCGUUACGGCUACCAAAAUGGAGCCAGCUACACGUGGCAGUUUGAAGCUCGUAAAGCACAGAUCCUCAAGUGCAUGGAGUGUGGGAGCUCACAUGACACGUUACAGCAACUGACUGCCCACAUGAUGGUUACAGGUCACUUUUUGAAGGUUACAAACUCUGCGUCUAAGAAAGGCAAACAGCUGGUUUUUGAUCCAGUGGUGGAAGAAAAGAUUCAGUCCAUCCCGCUUCCUCCAACCACCACACGACUCCCUGUUCCUGGUAGUGUUAAGUCCCAGCCUGUGUCCCCAGCCCUGUCCUCUGGCUCAGAGGACAAGAGGGAAGGGUGUGAGGAAGACAAGGUUGAAGGGUGUGAGCCGGUGGAGAAAAAAAUUAAGGAGGAGAAAGAUGACUCAAGUGAGAAAUCAGAGACUGACACUACAUCUUAUAAAUACCUUAGAGAAGAAGAUCUGGAAGAGACUCCUAAAGAGGGUUUAGAUAUUCUUAAAUCCUUGGAGAACACUGUAUCCAGUGCCAUCAGCAAGGCCCAGACCGGCACGCCCACGUGGGGCGGCUACCCUAGCAUUCAUGCUGCCUAUCAGCUGCAGGGUGCCCUGAAGAAUUCAGCUACCGUUCUACCCCCAACGGUCCAGAGCGUUCACAUGCAACCAAUGUUUAACAGCAGUAUACGAGGUCUUGUAAGUAACCCUAACUCGGUCAUCCACUCCCCUCGGAGUCCGUCCUCCCCAACUCCCCUUAGAAGUAAUGUCACUGCAAUGGAGGAGCUUGUGGAAAAAGUUACAGGAAAAUCUGCCGUUGUUAAGAAAGAAAAAGAGGAGAAGAUGGUGAGUCUAGAACGAUGUCGGCCCCCUUCUGUGGUAAAAUCCCCUUCUCCAGCACUGAGAGAGCAGUUGGCAUCUCCAAAUGACCUCUCUGUCGGGAAAUCAUCCGGUAUGAGAAGCGUCAGCCCAGGAAGUAUAGACUCUGAGAUUGUCUGUAAGAAGGAGCCCAAAGAGAGCCUUGUGGACAGCCACAAUAACCAUUCAAAGAAUGGCUCUGAGGUGUGCCAGUCUCCAGUAAUGAAUGGCAACAGUCUUGGCAUUAUCACAGACCACUCGCCCGAAAGUCCUUUCAUCAACCCUCUCAGCGCGCUGCAGUCCAUCAUGAACACACACCUGGGGAAGGCUUCUAAACCAGUGAGCCCUGCUGCAGAUCCACUGUCUAUGCUUUACAAAAUCAGCAACAGCAUGAUGGAUAAACCAGCUUUCAACCCCAGUCCUCAGGGCAAGACAGCUGAGCCCACCAACCACUACCAGCUGUAUGAAAACGAUGACCAGCCCAUAGACCUGAGUAAAAACAAGUCCACCUCCAACCACAACAACAAUAGCAGUGGUGUGCUGUUGACCAACAAUAGUGUAAAUGGCAACAAACCCCUUAUUUCCCUUCCUGAGUCGGUCUCCUCUCCUCUAAGAGAAAACGCUCUAAUGGACAUUUCAGACAUGGUCAAGAACCUCACGGGACGGCUGACACCCAAGUCUUCAACUCCCUCGUCCAUCUCCGAGAAGUCAGACGCUGAUGGCAGCGCAUUUGAAGACGCCCUGGAGGACCUCUCACCGGUGCAGAAGAGGAAAGGGAGGCAGUCUAACUGGAAUCCCCAGCACCUCCUCAUUCUGCAGGCGCAGUUUGCUUCCAGCCUGAAGGAGACCCCUGAGGGCCGUUACGCAAUGACUGACCUGGGCCCUCAGGAAAGGGUCCACAUCUGUAAGUUUACGGGCCUCUCCAUGACCACCAUCUCUCACUGGCUGGCUAACGUGAAGUAUCAGCUGAGACGGACUGGGGGCACCAAGUUCCUCAAGAACAUGGACUCGUGCCAGCCCGUGUUCCUAUGUGGAGAUUGUGCUUCUCAGUUCAGGAGUCCCUCCUCCUACAUCAGCCACCUGGAGUCUCACCUGGGCUUCAGCCUGAAGGACCUGUCCAAACUGUCAACGGAGCACCUACGGGAGCAGCAGGCUGCCUCCAAGGUGAUCACAGACAAAAUGGCGUUCGGCAGCCCGCUGUCCGCCUUGACCACGCCGGAGGACGACACGGGCUCCGUGUACCAGUGCAGACUCUGCAAUCGGACAUUCGUCAGCAAGCACGCGGUCAAGCUGCACCUCAGCAAGACCCACGGCAAGUCUCCGGAGGACCACCUGGUGUUCGUCACCGCUCUGGAGAAACUGGAGAAGCUCGACAAAAUGUAGAAAGUUUCAUCGAGCGAGUCCGUGAGCUGCUGAGGGCAAAGACUGACCGACGUUGAACUGACUAGAAUUUCAUUGCACUAAAAUGACGUUGUUCACAGUUACUGCACUGGGCCCAAAGGAGCCUCCAGAAGAAGAAAUAAAAAAAUCCGUCUUACUAUUUUUAGUUGUGACAACUGCCUGACUGGACCAUUUCUUUAAAAAAAAAAAUUUGUUUAUUUUCGUUUUUUUGUUUCGCCAAGCCUUUUUUUACACUUGUUUUGUAAAAUAUUUAUAUGCUAUUUGUCAGAUCUGUGCAUGUAUUUUAGUGAAACAAGGUUAAACCCAAGAUUUUAAUCUUUUCAUGGCAAAAAAUACAAAAACUACUGCUUGGAUUGUGAGCGAAAGGGAUCGGUAGAAGGCAGAGGACUGUAUAAUACUUGAUUAAAGGACAUUAAAUACGUACACCAAAAGGAGUACCCUGAAAGACUGAAGUACGGUAGCACCUUAGACGGUUAAAUCUUAAAUUUGUGAGGAGAACACGAUUUGAAAUAUCCUGAAUUUGAUUUACAAAAAUCAAGGAUUAUCACCCCCCUCCUCCGCGGCGCGUCUCCUUGGUUUUCUGUCGCCACCACAUUUUUUUAUUUAUUUAUUUUUAUUUGAUGAUGAAUCUGUCAGUGUAUAAAAAAGAAAAAAAUAAUAAUAAUUUGGAAAAACUGAAAUGCUGCUUCUUGGUUCCAGUCAAUCAACGGAAGUGAAACGCCAUUUGUAUGCAAGUUUGCUAAAAAAAAAAAAACAGAUUUAAGGAAAACAUUUCCUCGCUGUGAAGGGUCACUUUACAGCUAUUUUCCAGUUGUAUGUUUUGUUACAACUUCCUCUUUCUAAAAUGGUGUAAAAUCGGCUGUAAAGAGACGAGUCCGUUGCGUGUAAAUGACCACCAGUGAAAUGUCCGUGCUCCAUUAGACAUAUCUCACCAUUCAAAAUGGCUCCAACCUUCUUUGUAUCUUAAGGUGUGUGCAUUCUCUAACUUUUAUAUUGUCAUUUUAUAAACAAAAAUAUUUAAAAACUCCAAAUAAAAACAGAUGGUGUACAUAGAUAUAUGCUGUAGAGCUACAAAAUGUCCUUUUUUAAAGAAAAUACAAAUUAAGCUUCUUUGGCUCGGUUUACAGACAUGAUUUUAAUUAUACUUGCAUCCAAUUUGGUGCAUGAAAUGGUGUGGAAAAUAAAUAAGCGAUGCACAAUGACUAUACAUUUCAAUGUUUUGUUGACAUUAUUGUAAAAAAAAAAAAAA